AUGUCGGCUCUGGAGGAUCAACUGAAGGCUACAUUCAAGCUCUUCGUCGCUGCCCAGAAUGUAGCUGCUCAUCGAGAUUUCGACCGAGGAAAGAGGGACGAGCAAGCCAUGACUAUGGCCGAGCUGAACAGGACCUAUGGGGAGAAGGCCAAGGUGGAGGAGGAGCUAGAGCUCGUGCGAGUUAACUGCAGAGAAGCGUGGCCUAGGCGCAGAGUUGUCCGAGUCUCAGAAGGAGCUGGCAUUACAGUGUUCUACUUUGCCAAGGAAGAGCCAGAUUGUAGGUUUGUUCCACUAUUCCCUGAAGCAUUUGUGCCAGUGAGAGUCCCCUUUCAGAAGGUUUCCGGGCAAAAAUUUCGUCAGCCCUCAGGAACAGGCAUUGAUUUAGGUUUCUUUGAGUUGGAUGAUCUUUCAAAACCAUCACCCGGAGAAGAUGUAUUUCCGCUUGUAAUAUCUGCUGAAACAUUUCCACCUCAUUCAACAGAUGAGCAUAUUGUUGAGGCUACCCCAGAUACAUCCCCUCGUAUGCAGAUUACUCAAGCUGUACUAGAAAAGAACAAUGGUGACCAUUUCCAAGUGAGAGUAAUUAGGCAGAUACUGUGGAUUGAUGAAGUUCGUUAUGAGCUACGUGAGAUAUAUGGAAUAGCAAGCUCGACAGUGGAAGGCUUUGAUGACAAUGACCCUGGGAAGGAGUGUGUGAUAUGCAUGACUGAACCUAAGGACACUGCUGUGCUACCUUGUCGACAUAUGUGUAUGUGCAGCGAUUGUGCAAAAGAGUUGACGCUUCAAUCCAAUAAAUGCCCUAUCUGCCGUCAACCCAUUCAGGAACUCAUUGGGAUCGAGAUAAAUAAAAGUCGUCAAUGAAGAUACUUUUUUUCUCCAUACUAUGUGGAUUGUGGUAUGGCUAUUGACUUCUUUUAUGUGUGCUUUCACCUGUUGUAUAAAUGCAUUUUUGUUUUGUAUAUUGUAAUUGAUGCGAUGUUUUCUAA